AAAAUGGCUUCAAUUAUAUUCAUAAGGUAUUUGUUUUUAAUCGGUAUCUGUUUAUCAGUGAAUGGCAUCAAUUGUCUUCAGUCGUGUCCGUGUAAUGAAUUAAAUACGAGAAAUUCUUCGCCUAAAUAUUCUUCCGGAAUAAGUGGUGAAGAAUGCGCUAAAUAUGAGGGCAUUUACUAUCAACACAGCCAUCAGUGCCAGUGCUGUCUCCUCUAUAAAAAAAUGAAUGAAAGUUGUAAACCAAUGGACAGAAAUGAUUUAGUCGUGAAGUGCGCUGAAGGCCUGUCAUGUAAUGAACAAAAUGUAUGCACAGAAAAUAAAGACAAUACAAGAAUUAUUCUCGUACUUCAAAGGCCGAGACACGGGUUAAAUGGCCAGUCGUUUGCCAAGAGGUUCGCCCAAUUGAUACAAAGUAUGCUUCGUUGCGAUUGCUCUCGGAUUAAGUGCAACGACGAGAUCACCCGAAGUGAGUGCGAGAGAUAUCAGGGAUUGUUUGUCGACAAACUCACACAAAAGACCGGCUGUCAGUGUUGUGACCGCUGUUAUAUACCCAGAGGCCAUUAUCAACGGUGCGACGGCUCCCAUACAAAGAGCAUACAACUUGUUUGCGACGCUGGACUCACGUGCAGUCCAUUCAGACACGUUUGCGUCGAAAAGCGAGAGCUAUUCAGUACGCGGGCUAUACAGCCGUCGCGAGCCUAUAAUAUGGGUCCUAAACGGUGGACACAAGUGGCCGACACCGCGGAGAACGAGAUGAUUGGCAACUCGUUUAGUGAACCACUCGUACGGACAAAACGGUCAUUGAGUGGUGACAUAGCAUUAAAUCGUAAGAAACGUGAUGAUGAGGCCGACCCGGCCACUGCGCCCGACGACACCAAUCCGGCCACAGCCCCGACACCCGAAGACAACACGCUUCAGGCGGCGGCGCCCACACCCGCACCCAAUGCGGCCAAAGAUAAGGCCAAAGCCGAGGCUAAAGAGGCGACCAAAGCGGCAAAAGAGGCGACCAAAGAAGCGGCCAAAGCGACGGCCAAAGCGACCAAAGAGGCGGCCAAAGUGACGGCCAAAGCGGUGGCCACAGCGGCUAAAGUGACUGCUAAAGCGACCGCCAAAGCGGCCAAAGCGACGGCCGUAGCGGCCAAAGCGGUGCACAAAGCGGCCAAAGCGUCGGCGAAAGCGAGAAAGGAAGCGAAGGCAGCCGCAGCUGCAGCCGUCGCCGCCACCUCCACCACCACAACCACACCCCACGUCAGUACAGACGGUGAGGACAAGACGUUAAAGGCUGGACAGGAAGAGCCGGAUGUGGCCACAGCGCCAUCCGAUGACCCGACCACACCCGCGCCCAAAGGCAGUACAGAAUCGGGCGGUGAGGACAAGAAUCUGAAGGAACACACGCUUCAGGCGGAGGCGCCUGAAGAGGACAAGAAACUGAAGGAACACACCCUUCAGUCGGCGGCGCCCGAAGAGGACAAGAAACUGAAAGAACACACUCUUCAGGCGGCGGCUCCAGAAGAAGACAAGAAUCUAAAGGAACACACGCUUCAGUCGGCGGCGCCCGAAGAGGACAAGAAUCUGAAGGAACACACCCUUCAGUCGGCGGCGCCAGAGGAGGACAAGAAACUGAAGGCUGAACCGGAGCCUGACGUUGCACUUAAGGAGGCGGCGCCCACGACCGCAGAGCCAGACGUGGCCACAGCGCCCGAUGACGUCACGCUUAAGGCGGAGGCGGCCACAGAAUCGGGCGGUAUUUCAGGAUUUUUAAAGAAAUGGGGCGAAGAUAUCAAGAAAGAGCAAAAAGAAUUGGCCGAAGUAAUUAACAAAAUCGCGUCCACAGAGGCUCCCGCUUCCGAGGAUAAGAGGUACUAG